UAGAUAAAAUAAUGGCAAAUGCUAAAGCACAAAAGUAUCUUCAGAAAGAAGUUGAAAUUUUUCAAAAGUUACAAAAAGAUUUUCAGAAAUUGUUAAAUGGUCGUCAACAAUUAGAUAUUCAGUAUAAUGAAAAUAAAAUUGUUAAAGAUGAGUUAGACUUGCUUGAAGAAGAAGCAAAUGUGUUUAAGUUAGUUGGUCCAGUUUUGGUUAAACAAGAUUUAUCAGAGUCAAAAUUAAAUGUGCAGAAACGAAUUGAUUAUAUCCAAGCUGAAUUAGCAAGGCAUGAUAAAUCUAUUAAAGAAAUUCAGGAGAAGCAAGAAGAAAAAAAGGAGGCAUUAAUGAAGUUACAACAAGAAAUGCAGAUUGCAAUGCAAAACCAUAGUAACCAUAGUGAUAAAGUUUAAUGCUAUGUAAUUUUGUUCUAAAGAUAUAUUCUUUUUA